AGUUGCACAAUUUACACAAAACUAUACUCUUAUUAGUCUUAGUAUACAAGAAAGCUAAGUUAUAUAUCAACCCGGCCAAUUAACAUUGUCUUAUGUGUACCCAACAAAUUCAUUCAGUUCACAAACAAAAACAAUCAAAAAGCAGCAAAAAUGGUGUGCUUUUGCUUUCUAGUGGAUCAACAGCGUCAAGUAAGACGGAGCAAACCAGCUGCAGGAACAUGCUCGCGGUGCGGCGGCGGUGCUAGUGUUGCGGACAUGAAGACUGCUACUAGAUUCUGUCAUGUUCCUUUUUACUGGAAAUCUUGGAGAGCUAUUAUUUGUACUUUUUGUGGAUCAAUUCUCAAAUCUUACCAUUAAUUAACAUAACAAAUCUCAAUUUUCAAAUCUUUUUUUUUUUUUUUUAUUAUUAUAUGAAUUGAAUUGCGAUUCUCAUUAUACUGUAUAUAGUAUAUACUACUACAGUUAUACUGUCCAUGUGGCUUUUGUAUCUACAAACUUGAUUCGAAUUCUAUGAAAAUUUUCAUUGCUGAAACUGGUGUACGUUAUACAAUGUAAUAGUGUUCUCUUUUGCGCUCAUAAUAAAAUUUUGAUUUUUACUAUU